AUGGUGGUGGUCUCCAUGUGGCCCUCCAAGCACUUGUGGUGGUUUAUCGAUGGAUCGGCUGUCGAUUUCUUCACUCCAUUUCCAGUUCCAGAGCCGACAUCUCCUGCCGUCCUCGACUACAAGGGACGAUCAAAUUCCCCAGCUCGACAGCCGGAUUCAUCUCCGAGUGGUGGUGGUGAUGAUGGUGAUGCUCCCCGGGGCCUGCAUGCAAGCGCAUCUCGAGGCCCCUCUGCCGUGACACCACCAGAACGACGAGCACCACCGCGCGUCCUGAGCCGCUAUUUGCUGUCCAUCGAUCGCGCUGUCACCCGCGGGCUCAGCCUGAAUGUCCUCCCGAUGCUCCAGUCAACUAACUAA